AAACCUCAUGCAUGUGAUCAUCCAAAUUGCGAUAGAAGAUUUCGUCGAUUAGAGCAUCUCAAAAGACAUAUGAGAAUCCAUACCCAUGAACAGCCAUUUAAAUGUACUUUUCCUGGCUGCUUUAAAGCAUUUUCAAGAUCUGAUAAUUUAACCCAGCAUAAAAAGACACAC